CAGAGGAAACUAAUCUGAUCUCUCUUUCCACAUGUGAGUUCAGGAAAAUGGCUGAGGCCAGUAUUUCAGUAGAUCAGGAUCAGUUCAUCUGUCCAGUGUGUCUGGAUCUCCUGAAGGAUCCGGUGACUAUCCCCUGUGGUCACAGUUUCUGUAAGGUGUGUAUUAAUGGCUGCUGGGAUCAGGAGGAUCAGAAGGGCGUCUACAGCUGUCCUCAGUGCAGAGACACUUUCACUCCAAGGCCUGUUCUACGCAGAAACAACAUGCUGGCUGAAGUGGUGGAGAAACUGAAGAAGACUGAAGUCCAAGCUGCUUCUCCUGUUCACUGUUACACUGGACCUGGAGAUGUGGAGUGUGAUUUCUGCACCGGGAGAAAACACAAAGCCAUCAAGUCCUGUCUGAUCUGUGUGGCUUCGCUUUGUGAAACUCAUCUGAAACCUCAUUUAGAAAUUCCUGCUUUAAAAAAACACACAUUAGUUAAAGCCUCUGGAAAUCUACAAGAGAAGAUCUGCUCUGAACAUGAUGAAGUGCUGAAGAUCUACUGUCGUACUGAUCAAAGGUGUAUUUGCUCUUUGUGCAUGUUGGAUAAACAUAAAAGCCAUGAUGCUGUAUCAGUUACAGCAGGAAGAGCUGAGAAACAGAGUGAGUUAAAGGAGGAUCAGAUGAAAUUCCAGCAGAGAAUCCAGGAGAAGCAGAAGAAGGUGCAGGAGCUGAAACAGACUGUGAACACUAUAAAGCUCAGUGCACAGACAGCAGUAGAUGACAGUGAGAGGAUCUUUACUGAGAUGAUCAGCUCCAUGGAGAAAAAGCGCUCGGAGGUGACGGAGCUGAUCAGAGCUCAGGAGAAGGCUGAACUGAGUCCAGCUGAACGACUCCUGGAGCAACUGGAGCAGGAGAUUGCUGAUCUUCAGAGGAGAGUCACUGAGCUGGAGCAGCUUUCACACACACAUGAUCACAUCCAUUUCCUCCAGUCUCGUCUAUUACGAAGACCAAAUAUUGACACGUCCAGCAUCACUGUCCCUCAACAUCUGUCAUUUGAUGGAGUGAGGAAUUCUCUCUCAGAUCUGAAGAAGAGACUGGAGGAAUUCUGUGAGGAGGAAUUCAACAAAAUCCCUCCACAUGCUGCAGCAGUUCAGAUCAUUUCACCACCAGAGCCACAGAGCAGAGAAGAGUUUCUGAAAUAUUUCUGUUAUCUGACUCUGGAUCCCAACACGACACAUCCUAACCUCAUUCUGUCUGAGAAGAACAGAGUGCUGAGAGUCAGUAAGAGAGAGCAGCAGUACUCUGAUCAUCCAGAGAGAUUUGACUCCUGGUCUCAGGUGUUGUGUAAGGAGAGUGUGUGUGGACGCUGUUACUGGGAGGUGGAGUGGAGCAGUCGUGUGUUCAUAUCAGUCUCAUAUAAAGACAUCAGCAGGAAAGGACUGGGUGAUGAGUGUGGGUUUGGAUACAACAAUCAAUCCUGGAGUCUGGAGUGUUCUUCUUCUUCUUCUUCUCUCUAUUUCUGUCACAACAACAUUCAGACUGAUCUCAGAGUUCCAUCACCCUCCAGAAUAGGAGUUUAUGUGGAUCACAGUGCAGGAACUCUGUCCUUCUACAGCGUCUCUGACACCAUGAAGCUCCUCCACAGAGUCCACACCACAUUCACUCAGCCUCUACAUGCUGGGUUCUGGGUUUGUUAUCGAUCAGAAGUGAGGUUGUGUGAUCCAGAAUAAGAUGUAUCUGGUGUUUUGUGGUCAGUAACAAGUAGAAAUUGUAUCACAAAUGAUCUUAUAGAAAAGUGUUUCAUUUCAACAAGAUUCCACAUUAUAGAGAGAUCGUUCCUGAGCACCAAAGCACUAAAAUGUAAAUCUAAAACACACACACAGAAUAUUCAUUCUUUGUAAUGUGGUAAUCAUUUUAUUAUCCACAGACACUUACAGAAGUGAGGUUUAUAGGUUUUUAACAAUUAAGAUCCUUAUUUUAAUGAAACAUUUAUAAAAGUUACGAUAGCCUGGAUGUGUAAGUAUAACAUUCAAUCUCAUGUACAAAAGUAAUUAUCAUCAGCUGCAUCAAUGAAAUGAUUCUGAUUAACUCCAAAUAAAGAAGAUU